GUGGCAGCACCGUCUGCGGUGAACAUUGGCCCGCCAUUGGUCGCUUUGUAUGAGAUAGUAUUGCGCUGCGAAGGUACGGCGUGCCUCAUCGGAGUAUCAAGUACUCGAUAAAUGUAUUGCUCAGGAGAUGAUGGAGACAAGCCCAGGCACAAAAAGGGUUCGUUAUGAUGAGCAUCAGCUGUAUGGGGGAACAUUACAUCACCUUCCUCAGCAUCAGCCGUAUGCCUACAUCGGCAGUAACAAUCCUCUCUCUGAUCUCAACAGCUUCAAUUUUGGACCAGGAGGACCUUGGAUGAAUGGCAACAUGCCUAAAGGUGUGAGAAUGGAGGAAACAAAUGGUGAGGGUGGUGGCACCGUAGAGUCUCCAGCAACAUCAGGGUCUGCUGCCAUGCCUCCCACCUCCAACACUGUCACAGCUCCCCCCAACGAGCCCCCUCCUCCUCCCGCCAGGGAAGAACCACACAUUGAGCCCGUCAAUGGUAUAGUGCAGCCGCCUGUUGUACCUCCUCCUGACCGACCAGGUCGCCUCACUAACCAACUCCAGUAUAUUCAGAAACAAGUUAUGAAGAAUGUCUGGAAGCAUCAAUUUGCAUGGCCAUUUCAUCAGCCAGUUGAUGCCGUCAAACUUAACUUGCCCGACUAUCACAAGAUUAUCAAGCAUCCUAUGGACUUUGGCUCAAUCAAGAAACGUUUAGAAAACAGAUACUAUUGGUCUGCAAAGGAGUGCAUACAAGACUUUAAUACGAUGUUUACUAAUUGUUACAUAUAUAAUAAACCAGGAGAAGAUGUCGUCUUGAUGGCACAAACUCUGGAAAAAAUAUUUCUCACUAAGGUCUCUGCAAUGCCCAAAGAGGAAAUAGAAAUAGAAGAACCUGCAAAAAGUGGCAAGGGCAACAAGAGACGAGCACCUGUUUCAGCCACUAAGAGCAGGUUUGCUGGUGGUGGCGCCAUGAACAAUGUCAGUGAUGGUGGACUUAAUUCUUCUAGUUUAUCCAACUCCAUACCCUCUACACCCACUGCAACAACUCUGGGAUCUUCUCAGUUGCCACUGACGACAUCUGGCCACACUGCCUCGACCAACUCAAAGGCUGUUCCGUCUGCAGUUACCCCUGCUGCACAAGCUCCCUACCAUGCUGGCGGCGUUCUAGGCUCGACAGCACAACCGACUGUUCCUUCUGCAAACUCCAACUCGUUUCCUCCAAAGGGCGUCAAAAGGAAAGCUGACGCCCUUUCUAGUGGCGGGGCGGUAGCAGCUCCCGCUCCUGCCGCAGCUGUGACGGCAGGCGCUGUGCCCACAACCCCCAACUCUACUUACGACCCCAAUUUCUCUUCGGCGUCAUCAGGACAUCCCAGGGACCUCACUUCUGCUGGCAAAAUUUCCACUCGGAGAGAGUCCGGCAGACAAAUUAAGAAAGUGAAUAAAGACUUACCUGAGGCUCAGCCCCAACACAGCUCCAAGCCCAAAGGGAAGGUCUCUGAAUCCUAUAAGCUCUGUGUGGAGAUCCUCAAGGAACUCUUCGCCAAGAAGCAUUCAGGGUACGCGUGGCCUUUCUACAAGCCAGUCGAUGCCGAGCUGCUGGGCCUCUCCGAUUACCACGAAAUUAUCAAAUCCCCCAUGGACCUCGGUACUGUCAAGAUGAAGCUGGACAAUCGCGUGUACAGAAAUGCAAACGAGUUCGCAAGUGACGUGAGAAUUAUUUUCACCAACUGUUACAAGUACAAUCCUUCCGACCACGACGUCGUUGUUAUGGCGAGGAAGCUGCAGGAUGUCUUCGAAAUGCAGUUUUCGAAAGUGAACUGCGACGAGCCUUUCGAAAUGCCGUCUGGAGGGACCGACAGUUCGGACCAGGGCUCAGGGGGGGAGACCGAGAGCGAGACGGACUACAGUGAGGACGAACGCGAGAGGAAGCUCAUGGCGUUACAGGAGCAGCUGCGGCAAGUGCAGGAACAAAUGAAGCUAUUGAUAGAAGAAAGUUCGAGAAGAGGGAAGGAGAAGAAACGCACCAAACGAAAGCGAGACAAAACUCAGGAGCGAAUGUUGAUGUUGGAGAGUCUCGGGGGUGUGCUGGGCAACGCCUCUGUGACCAACAGCAACAGUGCGUCUGCUGCCACUGGUUUACCAGGCGGCGUGCCGUUACCAGGUAACGCAGUAGCAGGAAGUGCCUCCGGCGCUCCCCCUAAGCCUAAGAAGAGCAAAACCUCCAGCAGCAACAAACAGAAGCGGCAGCGGUCUAGCAACAGCAGCAGUAAAGGCAGCAAAAAGAAGGCUGGUGCCCCCGGUGCCGGCCAAGCUGGCAUGAUGUUCGACUCUGAUGACGAGGACAGUGCUAAGCCCAUGUCGUACGAUGAGAAGAGACAGCUCAGUCUUGACAUCAACAAACUGCCGGGCGACAAGCUGGGCCGAGUAGUCAAUAUUAUCCAGAGCAGAGAGCCAUCCCUUAGAGAUUCUAAUCCUGACGAAAUCGAGAUAGAUUUCGAGACCCUGAAGCCCUCUACACUGCGCGAGUUGGAAGCUUACGUCGCCUCGUGUCUUAGAAAGAAGCCUAGAAAGCCAUAUUCUCGACAAGAUAAGAAAGGGGGCGGCAGCAACGCGACGGGCGGGGCACAUAAUGUUGCAGGCGCGGCAGUGGGGGGCGCUGCUGCGGCGGUGGCAGGGGGCGUGGCGCGCCACAAGGAGGACAGCAUAGCGGAAAAGAAACAAGAGAUUGAGAAGAGACUUCAGGACGUGGCGGGGCAGCUGGGCACUUCCGCACCUACCAACAACGCCAGCAAUACAGCCUCCACCACCAACACUAAUUCUCCUAGUAAAAAGACGCCUAAGAAAGAAGGCAAGGACGCACAGUCAUCGCGUCUAUCGGCGUCAAGUUCCAGUUCAUCAGAUUCAGAUUCAUCGUCUUCAUCUUCCUCUUCCUCCUCUUCAGAAUCCUCCGAUUCCGAAGCAGGUCCUAAAAGGAAGAAAGCUAAACUCGAUUCUUCGGGCUCCCGGCAGUCUAAAGGCUCGAAGAGCAAGCUCAAGGACACCUCAUCUACUAAGGAUCCCGGUAGCGCUAAAGAUAAACACAAACACACCACAAUCAGUUCAGCACAGAAAGACUCAUCCACCACAACCACCAUCACAACCAGCUCUAAUCUCAGCACCAUUACUACCACGUCCUCUAUCACUUCCGUCUCUACCACUGACGCUGGUCGCCCUAUGGUCUUCGUGCAAAGUCGGGGAAAGCCGCAAAAAAGUUCCGAGAUGCUUUCAGCUGGCGAUCCCGAUAUUGACAUAAAUAUUCGUAACAGCUGUAUUAGUAGUAGUAAUAAUGUUAAUAGUAGCAUAGUAAUAUCUAGUAGCAAUAGUGAUAUUAGCAGAGUUGCUGUUACUACUGCCAGUAGUGGGCAAGUAACUGCAAUGCCCUCGACCACGUCGGUCGUGUCUGUGCCAUCAUUGAACGCUUCGCCUUCCCCGUCGGCUGCCCUGCCCUCCUUAGACACAUUAACUCCUGUCGCUGUCGACAGUGCAGUCAGUCUCGCUCAUAAUCCUUAUAGCUCUAAUAGUAAUACCAGUAGCAUUAGUAAUAGGCCGUAUAGCAUCAAUAAUGCUUCAGCAUCCAGUAGUAACCUAAUGAGUAAUACUAGUGAAAGCGUUAAAGCUGCCACUAUUUCUCCCAUGGGCAGCAGUAAUAUUCACAAUAACAUUGUUAGUAGUAAUGCCAGCAAUGUGGUUAGUAACAACUCUAACAACAGUCAUGGUAGUAGUUAUAAUGGUACAAUUAGUGGUGCAGCGCACGAUUCUCAACAUGCGUUACCACAACAACAACAUCAGGUAGGUCGUACUAGUGCUACUCCUCCGAGUCAACAUCACCACGGGACUUCUGGCUAUCAAAGCCUGCAGCAUGAACAACAACAAUUCCAACAGAACUUGCAGAACUUUGCGGCGAGUAUUGCUUCGAAUGCUAGCGCUGCGGCGACAUCUUCUCCUAGUACCAUGCUAUCAUUACAACAAAUGCAACAACUGCAACAACAAUCUGCGUCUGACAAACAAUUGCUACAACACUUACAGCAACAGCACCUGUCUUUGAAGAACGGCGCCGCCGACCACGUGCAGCAGCAACACGCGCUCGCGUCCAUGGCGUCCGCCAGUCUGCACAUGGCUGCUCAAAACACCACCCUCGGUAAUGAUCUGAAAGCCGAAGAUUCGGUUCAAUCGGAACUACAGAACAUCUUGAGUGGCGGGGGAGCCUUGAAACACCAUCAGCAGCAGUCGUAUUUAUCUCAACAGCAGCAGCACCACCACCAACAACAGCAGCAGCAGUUAGCAGCCGCUGUAGCAGCAGCCGCAGCUGCAGUUGGUGGUCAUCAAAGUUCGGGAGCUGCCAACGGAUACUCAGACCUCUCGAACAUGAGCUCCUUAACGCACAUGGGCCUCUCAGCCUCAAGCCAGAGUUCCAUGAUGGCGAUGUUGGGGUCCGAUGCCCUUGACAGUUUGGCGCUGCCAGAACCCGUGCUUUCAGACUUGAAGAUGGCAGCGCUGGAAGCGAGUGGGCUACCGUAUGGGCAGUACAGCAGCGGUGACAUGCAGGCCAUAAGCCACUUCGCUGCUGCUGGAGGGUCAGUAGAGUCACAUCAUCUUCUGGAGUCCCGAGGAGGACACCUGACCGAUCCUGGCCUCCUCGAUAACCAUUCCACCAAGAAACAUCAUCUCUCGCAUCAGCAGCAAUUGCAGCAACAACAACAACAGUUACAGCAACAAAUGCAGCAUCACCAACAACAGCAACUGCAACAACAACAGCUACAGCAGCAGCAACAGCAGCUUCACGAGCAGUCGAAGCUCAGUCACAGCAACUCUGGCAACAGCGGUGGGGGUUUCAGCGGCUCAGGAAAGCCUCGAGCAACGCCCAAAAAUUUGAGCUCGUGGUCAUCGCUUGCCCAGAGCGCCGUGCCCGCCGCCUCAACGGCUGCCCUCAAGACCUCCGCCAGCGACUCCUUCGCCCAGUUCAAAAAAGUUGCCAAGGAGAAACAAACUAGGCAACGUCAGAUCCGAGAGCAGCAGGAGCAGCGGCGGCAGCAGAAGGAGGCGGUCGAGAAGGAGCGCGCGCGUCAAGAGGCUGAGCGAGCGCGGCUUGACGACGAUGGAAUUGACCGAACACCUGAAGACCUAAAGGAUCCAUUGCCUGUCACUUCUGCCAGCACGCGUCCUGCCCUGCUGGGGACACCUGCUCUGCCUCCUGGUGCUGGCGGAGGGAGUGGCAGUGGCAGUGGUGGCAGUUGUGGUAGUGGAGUCGGCGGUACUAUCUCUGGGACUGGCAGCGGUGGUGGAGUUGGAGGAGGUGUAGCUGAUCCUUCACAAAUGUUGAUGCACCCCGAUAGACGAGAUUCAAUAUCUUCCUUGAAGCCAUCAUCUGUGAAAAUGAGUUCUGGAAGCGGAACUCUAGGGAGCUUCUCCAAUGCCGGGCACCACGCCUCGCAAAUAUCAGGGUCCUCCCAUAUAUCUGUUGCAUCCCAUAUAUCGGCGACGUCCCUCAUACCAGGCGCGUCCCACACCCCCACCGCCACCACCACCAGCAGCAGCACUCCGGCAGAUACACCUGGGCGCCUCAGUGACAGAGACAGACAAAAAAUGCGCGAGCAGGAACGAAGGAGGAGAGAGGCGAUGGCUGGUCAAAUCGACAUGAACCGUCAGAGUGACCUCAUGGCGGCGUUUGAGGAGCAAUGCAGCAAAUGAAGGACCGAUCAUCUUCACUUCUUCUUCUCAGCUCUGACGAGUGUUCAGACUACCGACUUGCUGAUGAUAACAUUGGAGAAUAAUCAGUUGGUUCCUGUAGUCUGUGAGCCUCCGCUUGAUGGGAUAUUUCUGUUCCGUUGCUUACCUAGGAAAUUUUUAAGGGUGAUGCGCCGAAUUACAACCAGCAAUUGCAGUGUCGAUGUAACGUCUGUGAAACAGACGAAUUACUGCUGGGUAAGAGAAAGACAAAGAUGUUCUGUGAUUGUAUUUAAUGAAUAUUUUUAACGGAUUGAUUGGUUAUGGAUGUACUGAUCCAUCAAUAAUGUGUAGGAAAAAGACUCCAACUUGUUUCAUUAUUGAGUGCUCAACACGUGUCGGAUUUUAGGGACGGUUUUGAUAUCAGGAAGCUGCUGAACGAUUGCAGUUCUGUUCCCAGAAACGUUAAUGUUGCUCAUCCUAGUGCGGCAAUCGAAAUGCGAGGAGUGGAACUAAAUCAUGUACAUAAGUGAACAGCAAAAUACGCGUGAGCUGAAGAAAUAUUGUGUGGAUAAUCACUCCCAGUCAAUUUCAAAGACAUUUUUUAUCGAAUGUGAUCCUGCGAAUAAUAUCGCACUUUGAAGAUGAAAUGGAUGCCCAACACAAACUAUACAAGAAAUUUACUGGCGCUCUUCCUGGGUCGCCUUGUCCAUUUGUAGCUUUGCUCAUAAAAUCAGCAAAUUGUUCAAAGUUCGUUUACGGGUUGUAUUUAUUGUUCUGUAUUGUUCAUGUGCCUGAAUAUCUGAGGUCUCUAACUUCUAUAAUUUCAUCACAAGUAAUAUGAACUGUUAUUAUUUGUCGGUGGAAAUCAAAGUUAUCGUGGUACAGGAAUUUCACCGAAUCGUCUUUCUCGGUGUGAUUCUAUCAUGAAUGGUGAGGCCAUCUGUCAUCAGUCUAUGGAGGUAGAAAGCAUCCGGUUGACUUUCUCGUGGUGGUGUUAUGUUUUCAAAUGUUCGGAAAGGCUUUGGUGUUGAUCAGACGAGAACCAGAUUAAAGCGGUGACGAAAUAUGCUCACAUUGAGGUUUUCCAGGAGCCAAAUCUGUACGUUAAUUGCAAUCUGGUUUUCUAGGAUGAACGUAAAGGGAAUUUCAAGAAUAUUGUACUCAACAGCUAAAAACGGUAUAAUGAAUACAGUACUGUAAGAACUGUGUUGUAACAGAUACAGUAUAACGAAUACGGUAGCUUUAAAAAUACGAUGAAAUUUUGCGUUACGGGGAGAGGACGGAAAUCGGCUUGUAAUACCUCAUGCCACGGUGCUUGAAAUGUUCUACGCAAUGAACUCAAAUCAAAUGUAUAUCUAUUGUAAAAUUUUGGACGUUCCAGUUAGCUGACGCUAUAGCAGAUCUCGCACACAAAAAGCAGACAACACCUCGUUUGUUAGAUCGUGGGCUUCACCCUGUUAUCAGUAUGUAUUUUUACGCAUAGUAGAUUAACACUCGUCUACUUGCAGGCGGUAGCUUAAAUUAAACGACUUCUUGCAGUCGACAUACAACGGGUGAAGGCACCUAUUAUAGUUAUUGUUAUGCAGAGAUUACCAAACUUAUCAAUAUGAGACUUCAUCAAUAUCGUGAUUAGGCACAUCUCAUAUUUAUUCCAUAUUUAGUUCAAUAUCCGGAGACAUCGUACGUCCUGCUUCUCUAGCAGUACGAUGGGUUAACAGACGUGACGACGUAUCAAGUCACUAAGAUUGUGUUUGUUGCGUAUAUCUCCAAGUGUAAAAGGUUUCGGUGAUUUUCGACCACGUUCACAUACAGCUACACAAUUAUUUCAACUAUUAUACUCUUUCUCUUGACAAAUUGCACCGUAUGUCUUUUUCUCCUUGUGUAUGUCUGUAAUAUUCUAACCAGGUUUGGAAUCAAACAAUGUUUUAUCUUUAUGAUGCUUUAAAGUCAGAAUGAUUGUGUUAUGAUCCAUCCCAAUUAUUACGCGGUAGCAGAAAUUUUUUCUGAGGUGAUAGUGCAGCAAAUUGCUCAAGUAUUAAUUUUUAUUGCUGAUUCUCGAGCUUUUUUAUGUUUCCUUGAUUGAAGCUCCGACCUUAUUUUUCUUGUCGGACUAGCAUAUUAAUAAUUUGUUUAGACCGUAUUUAUUGUGAGACUUCUGAGGUAGGUGGUAUUUGAGAGGAAGCGGUACUCGUGGCACCAAUCCACCAUUGAGGUUUGGCGAGCGGUGAUGGUCACCCUUAAAGUUCUCAGUUCUUCAAGGGGCGACUUUGAUAUGCCUGUACAAUCAGACAUUUUUUGUAAUCAGCUUGGAAAUGUUCGCUUUCUUAGUGAAUUUCAGCGCAUUUGGUAAUUCCGUUUAACUUUAGACAGUUAUUCCCUGUUGAUCUGCCCGUGUUACGUGUACCAGAAAUCAGGCAUGGUUUUUUCCAUCGAAGAUUCUUUUAGCGACUUUUUGUGCGUGAUACGGGAUCUGUGGGUCUUCAACAUGCCAUGUGUGCUGCAGUUUUCACUGGGUAAAUAGUUCUUCUUAAGAUAACAAAUUAAUAUUUCGCUGGAAUGAGUUCGUCUCAACUCCAUGUUCUGUUUGAUUCCUUAGCUCCAACAAAACGGCAUUUUAUACUAGCGACUGCAGCUCAUUCUCAUACCGUCAGAAGUAUUGAUUAAGUCGCGCAAACCCGUCAAGUAUGUGAGUUUGUUGUGUUGUACUACACAGCUAAUUCUUGCUUGAGUCAUUGGAAGGAUGUGUUGUUGGUGCUCGAGUCAUUGCAGCAUUUAAAUGCUGCGUCCGUCCACGUGCAAGUGACAUCUCGCUCAUCAUCAUUGGCUAUAACGGCUUUGUUGUCAUCAGUUAAGGUGGAUUGCGAUGAUCACGUACAUUUAAAAACUUAUAUCAUAUUAUUGUUUCUCUUCUCUAUGGUAAUGAUGUGUUUUGUGUAUAUCGCAUAGCUAUAAGGAAAAGUCGUUUGUACAGUUCUAGGUCGUAGAUAAUUUUUUGUGCAUGAUUAUUGUAAGUCAAUUGUCAGGUGCAUAUUAUAUAUAAAUGUCUUCACUAGCAAGAAAUGUAAAAAAAUACUUCCCAUGUAGUUUCUUAAAUUAUUUAUGGUUGUGAAAUGUAAAUACUUAAGCGUUGCUCUGUUCAUAAUUUUUUGGUAAGACGUUUGUGUAUGGCAGUCAUCAUAGAUGUGUGUUUGUCUUGCUUGUCUGCCCCUAUUUUGGCUCUGAAACUUUGGUACGCUCUAGUAAUUACAGCGUAGCUAAAAAUCAGUUUUGUUACCGGGAGAAGCGGAAGAAGCGACUUGCCAUCAAGCCUGGUAUUCAUGAGGUGUUGCGACUCAGACGCUGCACUCUAUUGUCUUGAGCGCUGGAGCGAUGAACGAUCACUAGCAUAUGUGUACGAGUUCAUUUAACUAAACGUUCUGUUCUCACGUUCUAUGUCAACUUAUCAAUAUUUGUUAAGAGCUCAUGUUAACUUGCAUCUUUCUAAAUAAUUCAAUUUGAGUUUGUAGUCCUUGAAAUCAUAACUUGCAUAAUUCUCCGUAAUAAUGUUGAGCUUUCCCCUUGAAACUUACAUAAAUAUCAAACAAAUAAGCUGACACCAAACGCUGGUCACAUGAUAACAUUUAGUUCUAUGCAUUCCAUUGCACUGGAUGAAAGUUUCGUUCCAUUCACAAGCCGGAGUAAAAUGCAAUGGAGUGUAUCACGUGCUUGAUGUCGUCCUAACACUGAAGGCGACACGCGGCUACUGUCUCACCUUCAUCCAUCGACGUUUAAGGUUGGCCUGCAUCGAAUUUAAGAUAGCUUCACGUGCGGGUUUUACGAUUGUUCUUUGUUCCAGUAUUUGGUUGUUAGAAGAUCGCCCUACCAUUUUGGGAUACACAUAAUUGAGCCGUUCAAUUCCUAUAGACAUUAUUUAUUGUUCUGUGCUUCUACUUGCGAGAUAACUCUCCCGUGAGAAGCAGUUGUUCUAGUUUACCCAAUUGUUAUUUAUCUCAGGCAAUUGUUAAUUAAAUAUUGUGAGACUUUUCUCUGGCCUUUCAUAAUUUGUCACCAUUUUAUUAGCUUAAGAUAACAUUUUCAAACAUUAGGCUUAUGAAUGAUGCAAUGGCUUCGCAAUUAGCUCAUAAUUCAGGGGAUGUUUCUUGAAUUUUUUGUCAAUAAUUUUGUCUUGAUAACAACAGUUCUCUAAAGCUUGUUCAACUGAAAUCGACGAUUAUGAAUAUUUUGCGUCAAAUGAGUCAAUAUAUUGUAAUUUAAUUUUUUCUAUGUUGAUGUUAGCGUAAGGUAUUCUUCAACCGAAUAAUGACCAAUGCUUACUACUAAUUGGGUGAAAUUCCACUGGCUUUCUCAUAGGCAAAGUUCAUGACUCUGGCAGUCACGAAUGAACAUUGUAAGCGUCAAUGUGUGUUUACGCUAUGUGGGGAAAAGUCACAAAUCUUUUCUCAUCUCGCCAUGAUGUCAAGCCAGUGGUCUGGUUAAUACACAUGAUUGAAAUCCAGGGUACUAUAGCCAGGUUACAAUGUACCCUAAGUGAACGAUUGCAGUUCCAAUAAAUGUUGAUUACA